CGAUGGGGUCACUGAAGAUGUGGUGCCUCCUGCCCCUCGCUGCUCUCCUCCUUCUAUCCAUCGUUCCCACAGUAGCUGAAGUGGUGGGGUCGAUGUCGGACUGUGCAGGGUUUCUUCUUGAGGAAACUCCACCACAUAUCCCGGGAAUCUUGGAGGGAGGGAACAUCCUGAACCAGAACAGAUACAAACCCAUUUGCCAGACUUUGAACAACACAAGAAGCUUUGUGACACUCUACGACACCGAGAGCAAGAUCCCAGUGUUUUCUGCUUACAAGUACAUUGGGAAGAGCAACAUCCCGAGACCCAAAACCCCUUGGAAGAUAGAACCACAGCUGGAGAACAUAACUGAUGACAAGAACAUGAGGAGUGCAAACAGAAACACGACCUACUACUACCAAGCUGGAAACAUCGAUUACAAUAACAGCAGAGGGUUCAACAGAGGGCAUUUAUUUCCAAACUCUUAUGCGUCUACCAAAAAUGAUAAAAGAUCUACCUUUACCCUGACUAACGCUGUUCCACAAGACAUCCUAUUCAACAAUGGAAGCUGGGCAAACAUGGAGCAAUGCAUCAAAUGUGUUCUGGAUGAAUACUGCAUCAACAAUAAUAAUAUUACUGAAGGCUUUUUGGUAACUGGAGCACAGCCCAGCACCAACAACUUCCUCAACAACACGAUCAAUAUUCCUUCCAUGCUCUGGUCAGCAUUCUGCUGCUAUAGUACACACUUGCAAAUGCCCACCACCCGUUACUACUUCUGCCCCUCCAACAACCACAUCUGGCCAACCUUCUACCACAUCUGCCCUGCUUACUACAACAUCUGCGCCUGUUAA